AUGGGGGUAGUGGGGCCCUUCAAGGUAGUGACCGUCGGGGAUGGUAUGGUGGGAAAGACGUGCAUGCUCAUCACCUACGCCCGGAACGAAUUCCCAACCGACUACGUUCCGUGUGUGUUCGACAAUCAUGCGUGCACCAUCAAAUUUGGUAGACGAAACUACUCCCUGACACUGUGGGACACGGCUGGCCAGGAGGAUUACGAGCGAGUUCGACCGCUCUGCUAUCCAGGUACCUCCUGUUUUCUCGUCUGCUACUCCAUAUCGAACCGAACGUCGUACAAAAACGUGCUGUCGAAAUGGUGGCCUGAGAUCAAGACACACCUGCCAAAAACACCAAUCGUACUCGUAGGCACGAAGAGUGAUGAACGACGUCGAAAAAGAGGAAAGUUUGUCACCCCGGACGAGGGACUACAGUUGAAGAGACAAAUUAACGCACAUGCAUUUGUAGAAUGCUCGGCAAAAGAAAAACAUAAUCUCGAGAAAGUGUUCGAAUGUGUAGUUCUGGCUGCUGAAAAAGCACACUGCAGUAGACGAUGUUGCACGUUGCUUUAG